AUGCUUACCAAAACCCUCCUUUUCGCCCUCGUAGGGCUCUCGUCCUUAUCUGAGGCUGCGCCUAUGGAAAAGCGUGCAAGCUCCAAGCGCGGUCUUGGAUUCAAGAAGGGCUUGCAACAGAGGACCGAUCUUUUCAGCUCUUCCUCCUGGGGAUACAGCUGGGAGGGUCGUGUCGAUGACAAGAACGUCAUGUACAAACUGAACGGCAAGGAAUUUGUCCCUAUGCUUCACGAUAACGGAGAUAUGUUCCUCAAUGCGUGGGAUGGUGAUGUAAAAGGCGCUAUCAAGGCCGGAGCUAAGAACAUCCUCUCUUUCAACGAGCCUGACGAGUGCAAAGAAAACUCCGGUGGUACUUGCAUUCCAGUGGACGUUGCAGCCAAAGCACACAUUAAACACAUACAAUCCAUUGCUUCCGCCAACAAGAACGUGCGCAUCGGCUCUCCUGCCGUGACCAACGGCCCGGAGUCGGACAAGGGACUCGCCUACCUCAAGACUUUCAUGAGCAAGUGCCAAGGAUGCCGCAUCGACUUCAUCGCCGCCCAUUGGUACGACGAGCAGGGCAACCUUGAGAAGUUCAAGUCUCACUUCACCAACAUGUACAAGGAGAUCAACAAGGACGGCGGUAACCGCAAGAUUUGGGUCACCGAGUGGGCUGCUCCUGGUGGCAGCCAGCAAUUCAUGAAGGAUGCCAUGUCCUGGAUGGACACGAGCAAUGUCAUCGAGCGUUAUGCGUACUAUAAUGUUGAGGAGACUCUUACCGCCAACGGCGCUCUCAGCGCUCUCGGAAAGAUCUACGCUUAGAGAACAUGUUUCUCCGUAGGGACGGGAGAGGGAAAGCUGGUCUGCGGCUGAGCUUUGAUAUGCGGGAGUUGAUUUCUUUGUUCUUGAAUUAUAUCCACUAGUUCUAUUUAGAUAUCCUUUUGGUUGCUUGCAUAUUUGCACUUUAUCAUAAUCCCCAUCAUGAGUCGGAUCAAACGAAUAUACGAUCUAUCUUGUUAAGAAAAUUUUUGCUUUCGUCAGGUCCACUAUCCUGUGCACACUCACUCCAGACCUCGGAUUGCGCAAAACCAGGAGAGGGUCGGAGCAUCGGAGAUUGAUCCCGCAUACAAGAACAGCUUAGAUCUCACCAUGUCCGGUCAGGUUUGAAACCGAGGGAAUGCAUAUUGAUGGUCACCAAUUCUUAUUGAUUCCAUAUGCGUGAAACAGCAACCCAAGAGGACGAAACAAACAGUGACAUACAGUGACGGACGAGAAUGAUGCCGAUUUUUCAGCAUGUCUUAUCCCAUUCAGAUAGUAAUCGGCCCUUCUGUCCAGCUCUCGAGUAAUCCCUUUUCUCUUAGGUACUUGCCCACGACUCAUAUCGUCUGACUGGGUAAGCGCAAGGGAGCUAGACAAUAUCGUUUUGUAAUAAUAGCAUAGGAACCUUUUCCAACGAGGACGUGCUCUCGGUUUUACGAAUGUGAUGAUCUGAGCCAGUCUGCAGUGCUGCUCGUGCAUUCGAAUGCCCCAGAUGUACAUUGUAUGCCACUGUGCAAUAAC